AUGUUUGUUGGUGUUGGCCCUGGACGUGUGAGGGAUAUGUUCGAAAUGGCGCAAAAGAAAUCACCUUGCAUUCUUUUUAUUGAUCAGAUUGGGCUAUUGGGAAAAAACGAGGCGGUCGCUUCUCUAUUGGAGGACAUUCUGACAAUGAACAGGAAAAUACGCUCAAUCAAUUACUCGUGGAGAUUGAUGGUUUCUACUGAGGAAGCCAAUGUUGUAGUAAUCGCAGAAACAAAUCGAUCAGAUGUGUUAGAUCCACACUUAUGCGGCCUGGACGCUUUGAUAGACAAAUUUUUAUUCCUGUCCCGGAUAUCAAGGAGAGCGUCUAUCUUCCGUGUUCAUUUAAAACCGAUAAAGACUAGUCUGGAUAAAGUGCAAUUAUCAAGAAAAUUAGCUGCUCAUAUAUCCGGAUUCUCAUGUUUAUUUUUUAAAAAAAUUUUUCUAAUUGAUUUUGGAUUAGGAACUGAUGUAGCAAACGUUUGUAAUGAGGAUGCAUUAAUCGCUGCUCGUGAUGCUCAUGAUGAAGUGACUGCAAAGGAUUUUAAAAAGGCUUUUGAAAGAGGUGAAGGUACUGGAGUUGUGCGUCAUUCUUUUGCUGCUGUUGCCGAGUUUGAUUUUGAUGUUUUUAUUUUUUAAUCUUAUCAUAAAGUCCAUAACAACAGUCAAACAUUUGCCUUCGCUUGAUAAUGUUAAUGAAGAUGGAACGAAUAAAUCAGAGACAAAAACUCCUGGGAAGACAGCUUCUGUUGGUUCUGCAACGCCAAAUAUUCCUAAGGCUGACGAUUCUGUUCCUGCUAACGGUCGAACUUUUCGAAGUAGCACUACUAGUGCCACAAGUACACCGGCUGGAAAUGAAGAUGCAUUGAUGCCGGCUUCUUCA